UUUCGAUCAGUAACUUCCACUUACAGCAGCAACGGAUUUGCUUCGCUUUUGAGAUCGGAUCUGAAAAAUCUGAAAAUCGGAAAAUCUCUAGUGUUUCCCAGCUUGUCGGAUUUAUCGAGCGUGUAAUUUGUGCUCCGUUCGCGAGAUUUAUGAUCCACGGCCCACCCGCCCACUGACAGCCAUAAAUGUCUGGAGUCCGAGCUCCGCGAUUCCGGCACCUUCGCUGGGUGGCCUGCAUAUUGGUGUUUUGGUGCUCCAUGGGCCAGGCUCAGUUGCCAGGAACUGGAUUCCAGGGACAAAGGCCGCAGGUUCCACCCAUCCAAUCCCUGCAACAACAACCGGUUAAUCCCUUCCAGCGCCGCCAGCCCAAUCCCGUCCAGGGUCAGGGUCUCUUUCCGGGUCAGCGGAAUCCCUUGAACCCACUGGCUCCUCCGUUGACGGGCGCUGCCCUCCAGAAUCCGUACACCCGCUACAAUCAGUACCAGCAGCAGAACUACGUGCCCAUCACGGCCUACCAAAACGAACUCAAUCUGGAUGGCAGCUUCUCCUACGGAUACUCGUCGGCCGAUGGAACCACUGCCCAGGCUCAGGGUUAUGUCAAGAACUUGGGAUACGGCGAAGGCGUCGAGGCUCAGGUAAUCCAGGGCUCCUACUCAUACACUUCGCCGGAAGGCACACCCAUUACAGUGCGUUACAUUGCCGACGAGAAUGGAUUCCGGGCGGAGGGCACUGGAAUUCCUGCAACUCCGCAAUAUUUUGCGGGUGCACAACCUUAUCAACAGGGCUUGAUUAAUCCAAACCUAAAUCCAUAUCAGACGCCCUUCCGUCAACUGCCGCCACCGCUGCCCAAUGCCCCCUUCCGACCACAGAUACCAGGACAACAGCCCUUGACCCCGCUGCAACAGCAACAACAGCAGCAGCAGCAACAGUUGCAACAACAACGCAAUUUCCAGCAGCAACAGCAGCCGAAUUCCGGCCAAUAUCAGCCGGAUCAGCCGUUCAAUCAGUUGCAUUCCGGCAAUUUGCCCGGCCAGUAUGCCGGACAAUUUGGCCAGCAAUCUUUUGGCAGCAAUCUCACGGCGCAGCAGGCUCAACAGCAACAGAAUCUCAACCAGCAACAGCAGCAGCAACAACAGCAGCAACAGCAACAGCAGAAGGAGCAGCAAAAUGAGCAGCAGCAACAGGCCCUAAUCACCCAACAAUUAAGAGGCAGACCCAACAAUUUGGUGGAUAACUAUGGCUACAACCAGUAUGGCAGACGCUUCAAGAAGUCCCCAAAGAAAUAAUACAACGAUAUAACAUAAUUAAAACGAUUAGUUAGACCAAAUAUGUAGUCGCAAC